GACAGACCUUACCCGGUACCUCAAGUCGGACCGCCCAAAGGAGCGCUCCCGGAAGCUGCCUGCCUGCGGGUGGCGUAAAAAGCUAUGGCUACCGCUGCGAUGCUGUGUGCUGCGCGGGCUCUGCGACCUCGGAGCUGGAUCCCAGGAACCUGCCAGGCACAGGUCAGACACACCCACCAGAGAGCUUCCUUGCUGUCCUUCUGGGAGCUCAUCCCCAUGAGAGCUGAACCUCUACGGAAGAAGAAGAAGGUAGACCCUAGAAAGGAUCAAGCAGCAAAGGAUCGCUUGAAAAAGAGGAUCCGAAAACUGGAAAGAGCCUCCCAAGAACUGGUUCCUAUUGAAGAUUUUAUUACCCCUGUGAGGUUCUUGGAUAAAUCAAGACAGCGACCUCAGGAGGAGCAUUCUUUUGAGGAGAGUGAGCGGAGAGCUCUUCUGCUGAAGAGGUGGGCACUGUAUAAGCAGCAGGAGCAUGAGAUGGAGAGGGACGCCAUCAGAGCCAUGCUGGAAGCCCAGCAGGAAGCCCUGGAACAGCUGAAACUUGAGUCUACAGAGCUCUAUGCCGAAGCCAUAAAGCGGGACACCAGCCUAUUCCCCUUUGAGAAAGAAGGGCCACAUUACACACCGCCUGUCCCUAACUACCAGGCCCCUGAAGGCAGGUACAAUGACAUCACCAAGGUGUACACACAAGUAGAAUUCAAAAGAUAGAACUGAAAACUGCUAUCCUCAGAACAUGCUGGCCCUAGGAGUCUGGACAAGCAAUCUAAAGUCUACUUUCCACAGAUAAGUCAUCCCAGGAACAAAUAAAGGGUAAUCAAAAGUAUCUCUGUCAUUUAUUUUAAUCAAAAUGAAUUUACCUAAGUUUGACUGCGGUUUUCGGAUGCUGGUAGAACAGUGACAGAAAGACAAGAAGAGCCUUCCAGUAGGAUGCGGCUGAAAACUAAAGAUCUCAGUUGUAUUCUGAACUGUUUGCAGAAGGCACCUGAUAACCCAAAGGUGAAAAGCAUGCUGGGUAAGUGUGACAAAGGAAGCUGGACCUUCGCUGGGGGCGGUCAUCUGCAAAGUUUCCCCUUGGGUUGCCAAGGUGAAGGGGGCCUUUCGAGAGUAGAACAAGUCAGAAACACAGUGAAAACUGCUCUGGCCUCCAGACGAGGAUGAGACAGGCCCAAGACUCGCAUUUGCUACAAUUAAUCAGAAACAAUCCCAGUGCCUGGAAGACUGAAGCAGAAAGAUUGCCAGGAGUUUAAGACUAUCCCCCAAGGCACAGCUUGAGGCCCUGUCUCUGAAACAAAACCAAAACUCUGAACUAGGGAAUGUAGUGUAUGUUCCAGCUGCCAUAGUGCAGGCAUCUUGCACAACAACAGGUUUUCCAGAUCUCCCCAAGUUUAGUUCUUAGCACGCUUGAUUUCUCCCUUUGAUUUGCAGGUCCAAAGAGAUUGCUUCUCAUCUUAUGGCACAUCCAUGUUAGUGUCCAACAAACUUAAUGGUCUCACUGUAGCCUAAUUACAUCCUUAAACACCCUGCUUCCACACUCUGGGAUGCUGGAGGUUAGGACUUCAACAUGUGAUCUCAGUGAGGAGGGUUUGGUCCAAUGGCAAUAUACUGCCAUUUUUCCUAGUAACUUGAGGUGCAACUUCAGAAAGGCUUUAGCUUCUUAAGCUCUUCAGUGCAGAUAAGCCACUGUCUCACUAUGAACGUGGAUUAUUGAAGGCUGGUGAAACAGUUUUGUGGGAGACGGUCUAGCAGAGACAAGCCUCUGGCUUUGACUCCCAGCAUCACAUACCCCCCCCCCAAAAAAAAAAAUCUUUUGCUUAUUGUGGCUAACGACAAAUCUUACUCACUUGACCACUUCUAAUUGAGUAAGUGGUUUGUGUCUAUAGUGUAUAAUAUAACGAGAACGUAUUUAGGACAUCUUGCUACAUCUGUGUAUCUCUAGGGCUUUCCCUUAUGAAACAGAAAACUACCUAUUAAAGAACGUCUGCCAACUAUGGCAUGUGACUAGUUCCAGCUAUUUGGGAGACUGAGGGCUAACCUGGGCUAUAUCAUGAAACACUCAUUUCCUCUAUCCUCCCAGCAAAACCUCUGCCAUUCCUUUCUGUCACAUGAGUCUGAUAUGGGAUCAUUGAUGAUCUCUGCCUAGCCUAAUUUCUCCAAGCAUUCUGCCUCUAUUUAUAUAUUUAUUUUUUUAGAGCACUGCUCCCAAAGUGGCUUCAACUGAUCCUCCUGCCUCAGCCUCCCAAGUAAUACCUACUGCUGUGUGCCACCAUGAACACACCGCUAGAUUUUCUCCCCUUCUCUGGGGUGGUUGGGGGUCACACUUGUAACCCAGGCUGGCCUUGAUCCCUCUCUUGUUUUGUCCUCUAGAAUGAAUUAGACAUAUGAAUAAACCAUAUUUUGUUUCUCCA